GUCUUCCCUUCUGAGAUGGACUACCUCCGCUGUGCUGCGGGCUCGUGCAUCCCCUCGGCCAUCGUGAGCUUCGCGGUCUCAAGGAGAAACGUCAGCGCGAUCCCCAACUUUCAGAUACUGUUUGUGUCCUCGUUUGCUGUCACCACGACGUGUUUGAUCUGGUUUGGAUGCAAACUUGUCCUGAACCCGUCAGCAGUGGAUAUAAAUUUCAACCUGAUCCUGCUGCUCCUGCUGGAGCUCCUCGUGGCGGCCACGGUGAUCGUGUCCGCGCGGUCCGGCGAGGCGCGCUGCAAGCGGAAGGGUUCUGUCUCUGAGAGCACCAACAUUCUGUAUGAAGUGGCAUUUCCUGGUCGAGUCCUGAAGUCCUAUUCCGUCAUCGAGGUGAUGGCCGGCAUCUCCGCCGUCCUCGGAGGGGUCAUCGCGCUGAACGUGGAUGACGCCGUCUCAGGCCCCCACUUCUCGGUGGCGUUCUUUUGGAUCCUAGUGGCCUGUUUUCCAAGCGCCAUUGCCAGUCACGUGACAGCAGAGUGUCCCAGCAGGUGUCUGGUGGAGGUGCUGGCUGCCAUCUGCAGCCUCGCAGCCCCGCUGCUCUUCACAGCCUCCGGGUACCUGUCAGUCAGCGUCCUGAGGGUCACGGAGCUCUUUAAAGAUUACCCGCCGGCCUUCAAGCAAUCCCACGACGUGCUCCUGCUGCUUCUGAUGCUGGAGCUGCUGCUGCAGGCGGGUCUCAACACGGCCACCGUCAUCCAGUGCGUGAACUUCAAGGUGGGCGCCGCCUGGGACGCGGCGCAGACCGGCCAGCCGGAGCGCCCCGCGGGCGCGGUGGCCAGGAGCCCCCUGAAGGAGUUUGACAAGGAGAAAGCCUGGAGAGCUGUCGUGGUGCAAAUGGCCCAGUGACGUGGACAGAGAUGAGGCCCAGCCUGCUGGCCAGCUUGUCAGCCACACAGACGCUAGUUGUCCCCAAGCCGCUCCCUCCCGCCUGCCCUCUCCCUCCUGUAGCCGCAAGGGGGAGUUUUCAUUUCUUAGGUAGUUUAAUUUUGGAAUAGGCAAAUGUUGACUAU